GAAGACUCAGCUGAGGUCACUGAGCACAUGGGCCCAAAACGUUCAGCACCGCUUCCACAGUGAGGAGGGAGACCGUUUGGGAUCUGGACCGAACUGCACCGGGCGCGACGGUGAACAGCCGCCUCAGGGAUCCUGCAGCCUGCCCCUGGAGCGAUAACUCAGCCUGCAGGGGAUACCCCAACACAAAGAGGGGGUCUGGCAUCGCUCUAAAGGCACAGGGGGAUCUGCGUCCUCCCCCCCCCGCCCCCCACACACAGAAAGAGUAACUCACCAGCAGUGACAGUGAAAGCCCACUGAAGCAUGAAUCUCCCAAAUCGCUGGCUUCUACUUGCCCUUCUCGUCGGGGUAAACGUCCUGUGUCAGGACUACGACGACGCCUACGAGAGCAACUAUUCCGAAAAUGACGCCGAGGUACUUCUUCCCCCGCCCUUGGAAUACAUGGACAUUUACGCUCCGUACCCCCUGGGGUGUGCCCCCGAGUGCUUCUGUCCCCCUUCCUACCCGUACGCCAUGUACUGCAACAACCGCAAGCUGAGAGCCAUCCCCGCCAUUCCCCGCCACAUCCGCCACCUCUACAUCCAGUCCAACGACAUCGAGGCCCUGGCGGCCGAGCCCUUCGCCAACGCCACCUCCCUCACAGACAUCAACCUCAGCCACAACAGCCUCAAGUCCCCGCUGGUGGACCGCAAGGCGCUGGCCAAGCUCAAGAGCCUCCUGCACCUUCACCUGGACUACAACCAGCUGGAGGAGGUGCCCCCCUCUCUGCCCAAAACCCUCCAUCAGCUUUCCCUCGGCUUCAACAAGAUCUCCAAGCUGUCGGUCGACGCCAUGCAGGGCCUGGCCGGCGUCGCGGUGCUGGACCUCUGCAACAACCGGCUGACGGAUGCCGGCAUCAAGGGGAAGGUGCUCUCCGGCAUGAAGAGCCUGAUGCAGAUCAGCAUGUGUGGCAACAGGCUCAAGUCCAUGCCGUCCGAGCUGCCGGCCUCCCUGAUCCUGCUGUCCCUGGACAACAACUCCAUCUCCUCCAUCCCCGAGGGCUACUUCAAGAAAACGCCCAACCUCCUGUCCCUGAGGAUGUCCUACAACAAACUGAAGGCCGUCCCCUACAAGGUGUUCAACCUGUCCAGCCUGACGGAGCUGAACCUGGGCCACAACCAGCUGUCCAGAGCCUUCUACGUCCCCAGAGCCCUGCAGCACCUGUACCUUAAUGACAAUGAGUUUCUAAAUCUGAAUGUCUCACUUAUGUGUUCUUCUCUGGACCAAGACAACCCCAACCUACUGACCUACAUUCGCAUCGACAACAACAGGCUGAAGAGAGCGAUUGACUACUACAUCUACGCGUGCUUCCCUCGCAUCCAAACCAUUUUCUACGGAGAGCAGAAGGCUGAGAAGAAACCACCCCCCACCACCAAAAAAGGACCACCCCCACCAAAAAAGGCCAGUCCCCGGCUAAAGGGAGACAAGGAAAACAAUGACGGAGAUGCAGAAUGAGACACAUAAUAUUUAUCUAUCGUCUGCAUUACAGAGCACAGGUUGAGUUCACACUUCUAGAAUACCCCCUGCAUGCAAAAAAAAAUAUUAUCAGGAAAAAUUAUGAGGAGCGUUUAUAGUUUAAAGACACAAGUUCUCACAUACAUGGACUUCAGGCCCUCAUUAAAUCUGCCAUAGACUAUGAACCAUGCACACAAAGUCACAGAAGGCACAUGUUAAUCAGUGGACAAAUGGUGUGACUUUAAAAACCUGUCGGAAUCUCAAGUGUGUAACUUUUUCCUGAGUACAGAACCGUACUCAUCCCGUUUCAAUACAAAGCUUGGGAGGGCCUCUACAAACCAGCUACCAUACCACACCGCUCCGUGGCAGCAUACUUGACUAUUAUGAGUUCACGGGGCUGUGUCAUCUGGCAUUAAGGAUGCAGCUGAGAAUGCUGACUGCGUACAGUCUAUAUUUUACAGGAGCUAAAAUCAGCAAUGCUGUUAUAGAGUUGUCUUAGCUGAGUUGGCUUAAGUCUGCCAACUAAUUUUAAUCCACUUCCCAAUGACAGUCUCGACAACCAACCAACAGCCACAGAAGAAUGAAAGCAGUAUGAUUUGUAAAGACUUUAGUGUAUAAGGACACAACUCAUCUUGAACCAAUUAGGAAAUGAUUUUUCGAAUGGCAAAAAAGUUCAGUCAAGUUUGCUGCGUUGAGGCUGAUCCUGGAUGCUACCCAAACGUCCAUUUAUUUGAGCAUACUCACCUGCCAAUCAAACCUGUGCUUGAAUUUUA